AAGUUGACCAAGAUACUUGGAUUUUGUCCCAUUUCAGUAUGGAUAUUGAUAUCCAAUAUGUUGUUGCUGAAUCGGAUGAUGAUGAUUCUGACAAAGAAAACUCUAAAACACCUGACUUAUUUGAUGAACAUCAUUUGAAACAAUCUGUUGUAGAAUCAGUUGCAAGCAGCUCUCUUGAGUCUUAUCUUCAUCAAAAGGAUGAUAAUGGUUAUAAUAAAAAUGAACUUAGUUUAUCUCAAAAAAGAGGUCCUAAAAAUAAAAGAAAAAAUAGAUUAGUACCAGGGGAGCAAGUUCAUCUUCGGGAUACAAUUUUGGAUGAUCCUUACUAUAAUGUGCAAAUUGUUGAAGUUAUUGAUGAGGGCAAGGUUAUUGUAGACGUCACUUUCGAAAGCAGUAAUAUGAAUCAACAUAUGGUUCAAUUAGCUGAUAUAAUUGGAUAUACCGAUGAACAA